AUGAGGAUUCAUUUACCACUCCAUUAUUAUGUAUUCGCACCAGCGCUUCGUAGACAACCCUUAAAUGUAUCUAAUGAUCUGCUUCAAGGGAAAUGCAUAUCAUUGCUUUAUCUUCAAAAACGUCCUCUUUCAGACGACCACCAUGCUAAUCUGGGAACAAUCACCAAAUAUUUGACAGUCGGGGGUAUUCCGAACCUUUUACAGAAGUCAAUCGAUGACAAAUAUCUCUGUGAAGAUGUUCAAUUGAGACUGUUACCAACUAUAUAUCCUUAUAUUCCAACAAUACAUGGUCGUUCUAAAUAUAACGCAUCUUUAAAUGCCAUUAGGUUAAUUGUACGAAAUUUUAUAUUAUCAGAAAAAUGUCGUCUCCAUAUACUUUCAGUACAAACAGUCCUUUCCAAAUCAACAUUGGAAAAAAAUGCUAACUUUAAAUUUAUUACAAAUCAUGAUAAAUUGAUAGUCAAAUGGCAAACUUGUCUCUCUGAAGAUGAUUGUAAAACCCAUAAAUUGGAAAAUAUGAAAUCCACUAAAUUGGCUGGUAAAAAUGCUGCUGCUGAUGAUGAUGAAUCAACGUCUCAUAUAGUGGAUUAUAUUUUGGACCCUUCCAAAGGACAAUUAAAUGAAAAUAUAGUUUCUAAGCAUUUUCAAGAUAUAAAUCUAAGUGUAGCAGAAGACAAGGAAGACGGAGAAGCUUCAGGAGAACGAGAAAUUAAAGAGCAGAAGCCAAAGAAAAUAUCAAAGCUUCUUAAAGGCAUCCAAAUUUUUGAAUUCAACGAAGAUAAUACGAAAAUCCAAGUUCAUACCUUCGAAAAUAUAGAGAUGAUCAAUUUUGAAAAGAAGAUAGACACUGGUGGUGCAUUUGCAUGUUGA